AUGUCUUUUUCAAAUACAGCAACGACCACUUACCACCUCGUCAAGUAUUCUCGCUCUUAUCCUCAGCCUUCUGGUGCUGUCGGCCCCGAAGAAUGGCAACACUUUGUCAAUCCGAUCCUACGUCUAGCACUAGACGUGAAAAAAUCGCCAGGCGGAGAUCUUGAGUCCUUCCGACUCCGAGUAUUGUGGUCGUUGGACUCCCAAACUGAUUCUGCGAAUGCAGAUCAGCGAGAAGUGGUCUUUGAAGACCUUGAACUGCUGUCUUUUUCGUCCUUACCGUCAUCUAUAAGCCAGGGAUCAACUGCUCAGGGCUUGCCCCUCAAAGCCGUCUACCGCGACGCUGUCGUUGGCGUCCGCUACCUGCAUCCUCGCGCCUAUCCACUUGGGACAACACCGACAUAUCGACGUUUUCAGAUUACCUUCCAAUCUGCUGCAUCUGCAGCUGCCUUUAUUGACUCAAUCCGCUUCAUUUGCCCUUGCAAGUUGACUCCUGCUCCUGCUCCUGCUGUUCGGAAUGCGACGAAAGCCACCACAAUGACGCAGCCAGGAUCUGUCUCCUCUAUUCCCGCAAUGACUCAAGUUCAGAUUUUCAGCCAAGUGAACGCCAGCACUCCAUCUCGGCGGGUAGACACUCCACUUCGAUCCUCAGCCACCAUAUCUUCUCCAUGGACUAUGCAGGAUGAUCUUAGCAAGCCCUUUCACCAUCCACAAAACUCGUUGAACCAACACGCGACGAGUCUUGAACAAAACCGUGCACAAUCCCACCUUGCUGAAGCACCUCCGCAGUCUGCCGCCCUUGCUCAUCAACGAUCUUCUAUCAUACCUUUCGUCUCCGACAUGCAUCCACCUUCCAGACCAUCUUCUGCGAUAACUGACUGCUCGGGCCUUCCGACUGAUCCCGGGGCAGACUCCCAAGCAAGACCCCUCGAAAGGUUGGGCGCAUAUUACACCUCGUCUCUACCACGCCAUGGCAGCCCGAAUUCUCUCGUCAGCUCGGACCCGCCUUCUUCUGCUGUCACUACUACUCGGAAUAUGGCGCCGCCUGCUGCGCCUUCACCUAUUCUUGUUACUCUUCCAUCUGUCCACGCUCCCAGCCUAGAUCCAAGCCAUCCUGCCCCGCUCAGCGCUGAUUCCGAGAAACAAGCCUUCCUGACAUCUCUAAACGAAAUACCGACAUUAUACAAUCUUCCCCGGAGGGAUCUCGAGAACCUUGUAGCGAAGGUAAUACGCGAAGAAGGCUUCGCGAAACUGCUUGAGGAUCUCGACUCGAUGUGGAGGGUCAAGGGCUUCGUCGGACGUUCAGCUUUGUAG